AUGUCAGUAGUGUUGCUAUGGUGGCAAAAUUGGCACGUUUUCAAAGCUGAGCCCAUACCUUUGAAAUACACAAUGAACAAUGCAAAUCCUCUUCAAAGUGAACUAAGUUUGCCGACAACAGGAAGAUUUGAGUGGAUCGAUGAUAAAAAUGAACUUGUAUUCAUCAAAUUUACUGAUCAAAAAUCACAAAAGUCUAUUUAUUCACAAAAAAAUCUUUACAAAAAGAGUCAUAUGAAAAUUGUUGAUGAAAUUCGUACAAUAACUAUAAAGGAUAUAAAAUCUGCUGCUUUGACAAGACUAAAAGCUUCAGGAAAGCAUUUCCAAUAUUCCCAACACUUUGCUAAAAUGAUCAAAUCCCCAGAAUGUGACAAACUAUUGAUAAGUUUGGCAAAAUAUUUAGAAUGUUAUUUUAAGAUAUUGAAAUUUGAAGAAAAAUUUGCCGAUGAAAAAUUAUUACCCAAUGUAAACCAGUUAAAGGAAAAAGAAGAAUUACAUAAACGAAUAGAUAUAUUAAAAUAUGAUUUUUCACUUGCGUACGCUAAAUUUCUACUACUUGAACGAAGUCUAAUGCAUAAUAUAUGCCCUAGACCAAUUGAUCCAGUUGCAACUGCAAAAACAGAUCAAAAUUUAUAUGAAACAUUCUUUUGGUUUUUUGUAUUUUGUAUGUGGAUAACAUUUCUACGAACAAGAUUUAAAGAAAUCUGUGCUCAAAUUGGAUGGUUUACAAGAUCAGAAAUGUUCAAUUCUCUUGGGCGACAAGGAGCUUCCUAUUUCGGUCAAAAAGGCGAACUCAAUAGUAAGAAUAUCAAGAUAUAUCAGACACAACUACCCCGAGCAUCAAUGCUAAAUAAGUGCUCACCAGCCUUAAGGCUUAUAUUACCUGGUGCGGAAGAAAACAUAGCUAAGAUUAACCUGAACAAAAGUGAAGAUAAGCAAAGAAAGUUACAUAUGACUGAGACUAAUGUACAUGAAGAAAAUGAAAAAAUAGGUAUUCUUGGAGACUUUCGACAUUUAUAUGACGACCAACUUAUACUAAAUAAACAAACUGCUGACAGAGAACAAGAAAAGCACGAAGAUGACAACGAGAAUAACGAUGAAGAAGACCAAGAGAAAGAUGACAAGAAAAGUGUAUAA